GGCCGCCCUAUCCGUAUCCGAACUACUCAAAUUUCUAUUGCUAUGACGGAUACACGACAUCUCAAGAGUAUGGCCCGAGCCAUUCUUACACGACAUCUCAAGGCCGAUACGAUUCUUACACUUCAAAUCACUAUGAGACGUCUUAUUACCAACCUUCAUCUCCCGACUAUCACCAAGAGGUUUUGACGAACACUCAAGAGGUACUUGCAAGCCUCCUAUCAAUUAUAGAGGAGUUUCAUAAUUGGAGGAUCAUUCCUGUUCCAUCCGUACUUCAAACUCAACUCACAAAGGUCGACUCUACCGUAGUUUCUUUCCUCAACUUGGACACAUCUCAUAUUCUGCUUGGUAGAUAUUCUUCUCUAUCGGCGAAAGUGUGUCGAGAAAGUGCACGGUUAGAGGGCAAAUUUCGAGCUAUGGUGGAAAAGUUUGCUUCUCUCAAAGAGGCAGGCCUCACUCUCGUUUAUGAUGGAACACAAUCUCUCGACACGAGUGAGGACAUAAGCGAUUUGUAUGUUAGAAGAAUCUCCUCUCAUGAUGAUCCGGGAUUACAAACCACAUCAAACCUACAUUUCGGUGAUGGUGCGAUCACUAUUGAUGAAAGCGAGUCUGUGGAUUCGGAGGAAGUUACGGUGCAUGGUGUGGGGAAUAAUUCAUUGGAGGAUUCGCUUAUGCGGAGUGAAGCUGAAGGGGCUCGAGAUCAUGAUUGUGAGGAGAAGAUAGUUCAUGAUGUCGUGGAUGAGGUCGAGUCAUUAUAUGAGUUCAUUGACUCAGAGUGUGCAUUGAUGAAUGACUUGACUCAUGAUGUUGAGUACACGUCCGAGAUGGCGUUGGUGAUGACCGAGAUGGAUUCGAUAUGCUACACAGACAUGUUCAUAAUUCCGGAGGUCGAUCAUAGGGCCAUAGUACGUAAACAAUUACAUUUUCUCGUGAUAGGUGUUGAUAUACGUGCUCGAACUCACAAGAACGUGGCCACGAGAGUCUACUUUGCCCGCCUCUAUUCCGGACUACCAACGAGACUACUGUUGGAGAAUACAAAGGCGUGGCAUGAUCGUCACUUCUUUUUGGACCCCG